AUGGACCACCCCAACAUCGUGAAGUUCCACGGCGUUUACUACGAGAGGUGCUUCGUCUGCAUCGUCAUGGACAAGCUGGACGGAGGGGACCUGGUCGAGGGGUUGCAACGGCAUCUCAAGGAGCGCGGGCAGAUCAACUGCCUGGACGUGGUGCACGUGGCGUACCAGAUGGCGUCGUCGAUUCACUACUUGCACAACAGGAACGUGGUUCAUCGGGACGUCAAGGGGGACAACUACCUCAUGGAUAGAAAGAACAUGACCGACGGCCAGUGCAAGAUUGUGCUCACAGACUUCGGCACGGCCUGCACCUGCAAGCAGUCUGAUCGCCUUUCCUCGGGGGUCGGGACAAAGAUCUUUUGGCCUCCGGAGUUCUUCGACCGUGACUACAGUCAGAAGGUUGAUGUGUGGGCGAUGGGCGUCAUCAUGUAUGGCCUCGUCAGCGGCCGCUUUCCAUUCAGGGAUGAGAACGAUGUCAGGAACAAGGAAGUCCGCAUCCCGAAGCGGGUCCACCCAGUCUGCGAGGAGUACAUUCGAAAGAUGUUGGACAAGGGCGAGAAGUCUCGGAUGAGCUCGGCUGAGGUGAUGGCUCAUCCCUGGAUCGCCGGAAAGUUCGGCCAGACCACCGCAGGAGACAACAAGCCAACAGAAGAGGAAGGAGACAAGGAGGCCGAUGGCAUGGUUGAGGCCGGCGUCAACGACGGAAUCAAGGAACGACGCCAGGAGCUGAUCCUCCGCAUGAACCGUGAAGCCGAGAGCCGCAAAGGCAUCUCCACCAAGAAGCAGCUGCAGAAUCACAAGCACAAGAAGUUUGUGGUCGCGGACAAGAUCGUGCAGGGCGGCAAGGCCUCCUAUGAGUGGAUGUCUCAGGACCAGGUCAAGGGAGAUCGCCUUCUGGACUUUGACAACAUGAGCACUGCGCCGAAGGACGAUCCGAUGGACCUGGCGAUGUUCCGGAAGACCCUGGUGGAGCACCAGAUCGAUCCGAACGUGUUUGGCGUGGCGAAGGCGAAGGGCUUGGACCAGCUUGCCAAGGAAGUGGAGACCGGUGCCUCGAGGCUCAUGCUGGACGCGCAGCAGCACAAGAAGCUCGUUCGCGUGGUGGAUGUCGUGGUCUUGAAGCUCCGUCCCAGCGACGGCUCGCGCCUCCUCGUGGAGUUCAAGGAGAAGUUCCCGGAUGGGCGAGAGCGGGAAACACUGCGACUGCCUGGAACAAAGAAGGAGAAGACCAAAGGAAGGAGAAGACAAAAGGAAGGAGAAGGCAAAAAGAAGGAGAAGGCAAAAGGAAACGCAUACAAGGGAAAAGAUCACGCAGAGAAGGCAGCAGGAAACGAGAAGGAAAUUCCCUGCACCCUGGUGAAGGCGUGGGCGAUGCUCUGGCCGGGGAUUAAUUUUGAAGAUGCUGUUGAACGCGAUGGUCGUUACUAUCGCGACCGCAAAGAUGAAGGCGUGGAUCCUUUUGCAUGCAGCGAAGUUUUGCGGAGCAUAAAGGUCCCAGCCGCCUUCGGGGCUCGAUUCGCCUGGACGCUGUCCGGCGUGCCGUUUAUAUUGCACCUCCUACGAGAGUGCCCGGACAACGAGUGGGUGUUCGUUGCCGAGGAUAGCUGUUGGCUGUACCAACAGUCAGACAGCGCUUCUUUGUUGGCCAUCAAGGAUACUGCUGCCACGGACUUUCCUGAAGGUGUUUUUCAGCGAUCGGUAUGCGGCUACCAGCUAGCUUGCAGGCGCAUUCCAAGAAACAAGAAGAUACGCUGCCCGAUUGAUUUGAGCACGGGAAAGGCGACGUUGCAGGAGGACGUGAAAUUCUUCCACCCGAUAGGUUCCAAGUUAUUUCUGGUUCAAAAAGGGUGGCUGCGUCUGGUUCAGAAGGUUUCUCUGGAGCACGAUCGCGAGGGAUAUUGGGAUUGGAUCAUGUCGCUGAUGAGGACGGUAGGAGCCUUGCGGUUGCAUCAGCCGUUCGUUGCUGGAAGCGCUGAGCAUUUCAGUUUAGUGGAUGGCGGCCGUGUGCAAGCUGCCGAACUCCCCAAUGCAUCCGACCAGGAUGCUUGA